AAAGGGGAGUGAAAGGUGGAAUAUGUAGCAGACACAGAGUUUCAAGGAUUACUACCUACCUUCAUGGCUUGUUAUAGAAAUCCUCCAGCACUUGUUUUCUUUCUGUUUAUAUUCGCUACCGUUUCUCAUGCACAACUAUCUCCAUCUUUCUAUGCUACAACGUGUUCUUCAGCUGCUGAUAUUGUACAAUCUGCGGUUCGUAGCGCGAUAAAUAGGGAUAAGGGAACAGGAGCAAGACUCAUUCGGUUAUUCUUCCAUGACUGUUUUGUUGUUGGAUGUGACGCUGGGGUCUUAUUAGAUGCUAAUCUUCCUAGUAUUGAUAGUGAGAAAAACUCUAUUUCCAACGAGAACUCUCUGGGAGGGUUCGAUUUGAUUGACAAGAUCAAGACUGCACUAGACAAAGCAUGUCCAGGGCCCGUCGUCUCAUGUUCAGAUAUUAUCGCCAUUGCAGCACGUGAUUCAGUCGUUGAGUUGGGAGGUACUAGAUGGGAAGUACCACUAGGAAGAAGGGAUGCAAGGACUGCAGAUAGAAACGAAGCAGAUAAUCUACCAUCUCCAUUCUCAGAUCUUCAAGUUCUCAUAAAGAAUUUUACUGAUAAAGGAUUUACGGCUAAAGAAAUGGUAGUUCUAUCAGGAGCUCAUUCUGUUGGUGUGGCACGCUGUUCAUUAUUUCGCAACCAUUUGUACAACGGAACAAAUGUUGAAGUAACUGCUGCAAAUGACAGAAAAUCUAAAUGUCCUUCCGCUGGCGGAGACGAUAAUUUAUCUAAUUUGGAUCAUCAAAGUCCAAACCGAUUCGGUAACAAUUAUUAUCAAGCACUUAUUAAGAGGAGGGGUUUGAUGCAUUCUGAUCAAGAACUUUUUAAUGGUGGUUCUACUGAUGAUUUCGUGAAGACAUACAGUCAGGAUUCUCAAGCUUUCUUUGCCGACUUCGGGAAUGCAAUGAUUAAAUUGGGUAACCUUAAUACUCUUACAGGAAACAAGGGUGAGAUCAGAACAAAUUGUAGAAAAAUAAACUAAGGGGAUAUAUAUAUAUCAUCUGAUCAGAAUCACUACGUGUACUUUUAACUACUGCUCUUAUUAUAAAACAAUGGGUUUUACUAUAUAUUAUACUAGGAUAUGACCCGUGCCGUAACGGCACGGGCUGUGGUUUGAAAUGUUUGCUUCACUUGUUCGAUUAGUUAUAUUAUUGUAAAUCAUACUCAUUAGGAGUUCAAUGUGUAAUAAAACAUUAUUAUUGUGACGAUUUCGUAAUACUAUGAAUUUGUAUCAUGUAUGUUACUUUA